AUGGGUUCCAAUAUUUUUUCUAAGGAUGUUUCUAUUAAUUAAAUAGAUGACAAAAUUACAAUGUUCUUAUAACAAAAAUAAUUUAAAAUAGAAAAAUAUUUAGAUUAAGGUUAUUUUGCUGAAGUAUUUUAAGCUAUUAAGAUUGAUGAUAAUCGUAGAGUUGUGAUAAAAAAAUUAAAGGAUCUAAACAACUUGAAAAAAAUUGAAGACGAAAAGAAUGCAAUGUACAAGAUAUAGAAUGAACAGUAUGCUAUCUAAAUUAUAACAGACUUAGUUGAUAAAGAUCUUGAAUAUAACGCCAUAGUAAUGGAACUUUGUGAUUGUAAUCUCACUGAAAUUUUUGAAAAUAAUAUAUCUAAUUUUUCGUUUGAAUAGCUAGUCACAUUAACCUACCAGCUCUUAAAAGGUUUAUUAGUUUUUUAAGAGAAAGGUAUUAUACAUGGUGAUCUUAAACCUGAAAACAUUUUAUACAGCCAAUAAAAAAAUAGAUUUUUAAUAUCUGAUCUUGGACUUAGUUAAGUUAUGUAAAAUCCUGAGCUUUAAUAACUAAUUAGCAAGCAAUCGAAUUCAUUAGUAGGAAACAUCAAAUACAUGGCUCCAGAAAUUAUUCAUUAAAGAAAACCCUAACAAUUAAAAUUGAUGUUUUUUCAAUAGGAUAAAUUCUCCUUGAGUUCACUUUAAAAAGGGAAUUAACUUUAUCAGAGUAUUUUAUGGUAUGUCCUGAAACUUCUAAAAGAUUAGAAUCUUUAACAUUACUUCAAAGAUAUUGGUGAUUACUACCAAGGCUAUUAGGUGCCUGGUCUCUCAUGUAAGUUAGCAAAAUUUUUUUAUCCUACUGGUGCUAUUUACGAAGGAUAAGUCAAGGAUAGUAAGAGGCAUGGAUUAGGAAAAUAUACAUAUUCUAACGGGAAUGUAUAUGAAGGAGAUUGGUUUGAAAAUAAAUAAAAUGGUGAAGGUAGAUUUGUGUAUGCUGAGAAAAGUGGUGAAGGAGGCGAUAUAUAUAAUGGAUAAUUUAAAGAUGAUAAAUUUGAAGGAUUUGGUCAUUACUAUUAUAAAAAAAGUGGUAGGCAAUAUAUUGGUUUCUUUUCUAAUGAUAAAUGGAAUGGCGAAGGUAAAUUUAUAAAUGCUAAUGGUGAAAUUAUUAAAAGUGGUAUUUGGAAAGAUGAUAAACUUCAAACUGAUAUGAAUGUAGCUGAAAUAGUUACCCCCAAGCAGUUCUAACAUUUAAUUAUUGAAAAUUUUGAAUAAAAAAAAGAUAUCUUGAAUUAAUUAGGGAUGAAAGAUUUUUACUUUGAAGGAAAUUAUUAAAAACUGAAUCCCUAGUGUAAAUAUGCAAAAAUAUAUUAUGAUAAUGGUAUAUAUGAAGGAUCAAUCCAAAAUGGUAAGAAAUAAGGAAUUGGAAAAUUUAUGUUUGCUAAUGGCAAUGUAUAUGUCGGAAAUUGGUUUGAAAAUCAAUAAAAUGGCUAAGGUAGAUUUAUGUUUGAUGGUUUAGAUAGUGAUAUAUACAAUGGAGAGUUUAAAAAGGGUAAAUUUGAAGGCUUUGGUCACUAUUAUUAUAAUAAAAGUGGUAAGCAAUAUAUUGGUUUCUUUUCUAAUGACAAAUGGAAUGGCUAAGGUAAAUUUAUCAGUGCUAAUGGUGAGAUUAUUAAAAGUGGUAUUUGGAAAGAUGAUAAACUUGAAACUGAUAUGAAUAAAGCUGAUAUUCUAGUUCCCAAUUAAUUCAAGCAUUUAAUCAUACAAUUUUGA